AUGAAAAUCCACACCACUCUCUCGAAAGCCGUUGGCGAUUCAUCGGAUCUGCCAGAUUUUCUCAAUGAAACCGACGUGACGUCAUCAUCAUUUGAAUCUUCAACACACAUCCCAUCGUCUACAAUGAAUCCAUCAUCUAGACCUAGACCGGUGUUCGGCAUGGAUUUGCAUUGUCCAAGUAUUGAAAAUGCUGUCAGUACUUGUCCGAAGGACAGCAACUGGGUCUACUACACAUGUUGUGGUGGAGCCAACAUGUAUUGCUGUGAGCACAUUCAAACGUGGCUUCUCUCUGCUCUCGCCGUAAUUGCUGUUUUCCUGACUCUCCUUCUGAUUGGCUGUUGUGUUCGAUGCUGCUGCAGUUACAAACGCAAGACACAACAAAGCUACAGUUUCGAUGACAAGUAA